GUGGCGGCGAGCAACGUAGCCUCCUUACUCGUCCUGUGUGAAAUCCAGUGCCAUGGUUUGAAAACUGCCCUUGUCCCGUGUGUUUCACGAAGAACAAGCGCAAUACCAAUACCACAGCCACACGCGGAAAACGGUUGGUGAAGCACGUCUCCGAUUCGGCCGUAUCAGCAGUUAGCCGCUGUCUGCAUCGGUAUCAAGUGAAAGGAGACGUUAUUUUUACAGCGGACGAGACAGACAGAUCAACAUCCCUGAACGCGGGGCGCACGAUAGGCAAUUGUCCAUGGAAUCGCAACGGAGGCGGAGAGCUGAAAGCGCUGUUGAAAGAUAUUCUCCAUUUAAAAGAACGAAUGGGCACGAAAAUGAUCACCGCCGACUUUAGAGAAAGUCUUUGCGUCUGGAGGCGACUGACCCUGUCGACGCUGACCUCUGACAUCACGGAGGAACCUUGACAGAGGAGCCAUCUGCCUUCUCCCAGCCCUCCGGCCGUUCCUGCAGACCUUACUGUGUGAAGCACAGGAGUUUCGGCUGCUUACAUCUGUAUGUGAGGACUGCAAGCGCUCUUUAGCUGCUCUGUCCCGGGUUACCCCUCCUGGUCUGCAGAUUUACUCCACCAGUGCUCCUGAUUGGCUCCUAAAACGGAUACUUCAGCUUCCUGGUUGGAAACAAGUGUGAGGUCACCUGUCUUAUCCGUGGAGAAAAGCUGACAGACCCUGGUGGUUUGGAGACACUGUCGGCCCAAGAGGCCAACCCUUCCAAAAUGUCUACCAAGGCACCUAUUUACCUGAAGCGGGGGAGCCGAAAGGGUAAGAAGGAGAAGCUGCGGGACAUCCUGUCCUCCGACAUGAUCAGCCCCCCGCUGGGGGACUUCCGGCACACCAUCCACAUCGGGAGCAGCGGCGGGGAGAACGACCUGUUCGGGGACCUGUCCUUCCUGCAGGGCAAGUUCCACCUGCUGCCGGGCCAGCAGGGCCGUAGUCUGUCGCAGCGCUGCAGCCAGUACGGGGAGCCCUUCCAGUUCACCCGCGCGGCCAGCGUGUGCGGGCACCAGGCCUCCGGCGAGAGCUCGCCCCUGCUGAAGAACGCCAUCUCCCUGCCCGUCAUUGGCGGGGUGCAGGCCAUCACGCUGCCCGCCUCUGGCCCCGCCCCCGACCCAGCCUCCGACUUCGCCCCCGACUCCGCCCUUGACUCCGCCCCCGACUCCACCCCAGAUUCCCCGCUCGCACAGCCCGAUAUGCUGAGCCAAGCCCCGCCUCCCAAGCCUCCCAGGUUACACCUGGAUGACAAGUCCCCGCCCCUCAGUCCAGACCCCUCCAUGCGGUCCUCUGACACACCGUCCCCCCUGACCCCGCCCUCCUCGAGGGCGUCGCUGGAUGCCGAGCAGUGCCUCCAGAGCCCGGAGGAACGGCCUUACCUGUCCCAUGCCGGCUCCCUGCUCUCCCUGCACCUGGACUUGGGGCCCUCCAUCCUGGACGAUGUGCUCCAGAUCAUGGACAAGCACAGCAUGGGUGGCCUCAACGGGACGUGCGUACAUGGCGGGCGCCAGGAGAUUGUCACCUGAGGACCCCUCCCCCUUCCCAUCCCCGUCACAUUGAAAAACGUCUCCCUCUCUUCCUGUUCUGAUUUUGCUCCUUUUGAAUAUACCUGCUUAUGUCGAACGCCAAGCCUAGCUGGAACACAUGGAUUGGUAAUAGAGAGCACUUGUUUGAACCCCUUUUAUGGAUAUUUUUCCUUACCUUUUCUCUUUUGUUACUGUGAAUUAUUCCUUUAGCCUUUCUGUGUUGAAUCUCGAAAUUGUGCAGUUUUUACUGUGUAAAAGACACAAUGGGUGAGCUUUUUUUUAACCCAUGUGGCCUUCACAUGUUCACAUGUAUGACUUAAACAGGAAAUACAAUAAGACUGUUGGACCUGCGAACUCUCCUGUGAAAGGUUGUUUUUGUACAGCUGAACUGCUGAGUGUGUUUGCUGACUGCUUCAGCUGAGGCCCUACUUACCCUACUGUACCUUUGCAUAUACUCCUUUGAGAUUAUUUCAAAGAGCCACUGGAGUUUCUUUUUUUGGGUGUGUGGCCUGAUUAGUGCGAGAGGGACGAUUCUCUGUCGGGCUGCAGCACUGGGGUGUGGGAGGAGGGAAUAUCGAUCGUCUGCCUCCACCCUAAAUCUCCUCCGCACAGGCCUCUUGCUGAGGCAGCCCCAGCGGGCACUGGAGGCCUUCCUUUCAUCCCCGCGAACUGUGCUGACGAACAAAAACCCGAAUCCGCUAACCUUCCUUUUCGCCCGUAUUCUCCCAAGAAUCACGCUGACCUCCCAUCUCAGAUCUCAUGAGCUGAAAGAAACGCUGCUCGUUAGAAUAGCGCACCGCCUCAGAGAACUUCCGCAUUGGCACAGGUUGCGGCCAGUGAAUAUCGGGGGUUAAAGAAAUGGCGAGCUGCUUCAUUGAAGUGCGCCUGCACACUGCAUUCCUGUUAACGCUGCACCUCAUCAGUUAUCCUGCAGGGGCUGUGGGCACUUCUGGUGUUUAGUCUCUGCUCUCCCUGAUGUGCACACACCACCAGAGAGCUGAAGACAUUCUUUACGUCAGCUGACUGACUUUACUGUUCACCGCCAUUCAUCAGAAAGCACUUCUUCAAGACUCCCGUCUGUGACUGCAUUGGGCAGCCUUGGAUUUCUACUCCGGGAAGCAGCACAGAUAUAAGGUGCUUCAGUUGGACAUUAUCACAGAACUAUAAAGCGGUGCCAUUUGUCUUCUCUCGGUCUGUAAAUUUAAAUAAAUUGGGAAUGAUAGAUGCUUGUGAAUCCAUGUAAACCUGCAAUAAAAAUCUUAGCAGCACUGAUAAAUAUUUAUAAUAGAUAUUGUUCCUGCAUAGCAACUCUGUAGAGCCACAGAAGUCAAUCUUAUUAAAGAGGCCAUCGUAGUAAAUCUCUCCUGAAAGCUGAGAAAGCCUAGGACUGAUUGUUAGACGCUGGCCUUUAUUUUAGGGUUAAUAAAGAGUGUAGUCCAUGCAGAAGAAGCACUUGGUUUGUGUUUGCAAUUCUUGUGUCUUGUCAUCAGGAUGGAAUAGUGCACAGCACUUUCCCCAUCUGAUAUUUUCUCUGGUUUCUCUAGUGUUCUCUAGGUUUUGCCAGAUUGAGUUUAUGAACAUUUUAAUUGUUAUAAAUGAUAACUAAUGGUAUCACUGUUACUUCCUUCUCUCAAACUGCUCAGUAAUCCUGAUUACUUAACAGGUCUUCAUAGUCACAUUUUUAAAAGUUUUCUUGCCCUCUCAAAAAUAAUUAAGGAAAAGCAAUCAUAAGUCCAAUAGAAAGUUAUCCAAACUAUGUAACAUCCUGCUACCAAGCACGUACUGUUCCUGCAACUUUACUAUGAUAUCUCAACAUGGAAACAUUUCUCCAUUACUGCAGGAAUUCCGCGGGCUAGACUGAUCCUGUAACCUAGAAACUAUAUGAAAAAAGUAAUUUACAAGGACAAAGAAGACACUACAGACUAGCAUACAUCACUGACAGAAUGUUUGCGGAGUUAGUUUUCCUCUAUAUUUUACGGUCUAUUCAGCAAUAUUCUCAAAAUGCAUUUGUGCAUGUGAAAUUCCCUUUAGAAACACUGAUUAAACAUGCUGCUUUAGAUACCGCACAUGUAAAUGGUUAUUGUCUUCCUUUUUUAUUAAUUCGUUUUUACUGUGGAUUAUGCAUAUGGAUUUCUGGGGUAAACUUUCUUCAUAAAGCAGAGGGGAAAGGCAUUUUAGAUGCGUGAGAAAUUAGUGUGCAUGCACACAUUUUAAAGUUAGAUACAAAUACUCUUACUAUGGAAUUCAGGGUUCCCUGCAAAAGUCAUUUUGUAAUGAAACUGAUACUCUGUAUGGUAAAUCAGUAAUAUUGCAGUCCAGGCUACAACUGAUAAAGCUUGCUUUGUUCUUUUAAAUGAUUGCAUUUUGGUGAAAUUUGAAGAGUAAUAUAUGUCAAACUCAAACCGUGGAACAUGAUCCAGUCGGAUGACAAUGAAAUGUCGUAUUCAUUGAUAGUUUAUCUUUUUUUUUUUUGUUGCUCGCCAGGUAUUAUUUUUCUGUUUAACUUAUUUUCAUGUAUUGUCUGCUUGGACUGUAUACAAAGUCAUUCUACCUGAGAUGUGAACCAGCGACCUUCCGGUUUCAAGUCCAAUUCCCAACCCCAAAUGCACACUGCUGCCCUUUUGUAGUGCACUGGUUCUCAGGAAAGAUGGAAGGAAAACUGGUAGGAUUAAUUACUGUCCGUAAGGGACCAUUCUGCGCGGUUGGUUUAUUGGAGCCCAUUUUGGGGCUGUUGAUGGAGGAAGGAUCCCAGCCUGCACUCUGGAAUGCGCUGAUAAACAAGCUGGGUGAUGUGCAGCACCAUACAGGCAAGCAUACCGAGCGCUGCAUCACAGAAGCCUGUUUGUCCAAUCAGCCUUGACUCCGCCCUCCUGAGUUCAGACUCCACCCUGCUCAGUCCAGACUCCACCGUGAAUCUCUAAGUUCAUUUAAAAUCCCAAUUCUCCCAAAAAAAGAUUAAUGUAUGAUUUUAAUGACACCAAACAGGAAGAAAAAACACAUUUUGACUAUACUAUAAUUUUUUUCAAGAUGAAAAACAUUUUACUUAAUCUUCUAGAGACUACUCUUUUACAAAGUCCCAGAAAGCCUUCUCUCUUUUAUGAUGUCAGUAAUGCAUCCAGUGUUAAUAGGGCUAAGACAGACCACUGUCAUGUAUUCACACAUGCCAAACUGAAAUGAAGCAGCUCCAUUUGUUUGCAUGGCUAGGUUUGGUUUGAUAACGGAAAUGUAUACAGUAGGUCACUGCCUUCUUAUUUACACUAUUUUGUUCAUCAUAGAUACAUCUAGGAAGUGUCUACUGAGCUGUAGAAUAUUUUUCAGCAAAUACUUAAUACUUACAGCCAACUUGAAAACCAUAUUUUUACUUUUACCUUGGAAAUAAAAAAAUGUCCCAUCAUUUUAAAAUUGUUAUUACCAAAGAGAUUUCUUUGGCCGUGCAUGAGGUGAAUCUGGUAUAUGAAAUGCUGAAAUAUUAAUGUGAACUUGAAAAUUAGUCAUGUGGAAUUUACAUAAUGGAAUUUAUUGUAAUUUACUAGGUAUUUAGAAAUGCUAUGAUAGCCAUGAAUGCGAACAACUGAACAAAAUAUCAUUUUACUAUUUUCAUAUAAUAAACCAAGAAUAAAAAUAA